AUGGCUGAAGGAGAAAUCCUUUGCUUUCCCGCUUUGCAGAAAUCCGUUAACCAAUUUAUUGACGAACAAAAAAACAAACAAACGUUGUCGAAAGCUAGACGAAAUGUUGGCUUGGUCUCCGAGUUUCUGAAAUCCAAGCAAGGAAGCAGAAAAAUAGAAGAGAUUUACUCACAGGAACUCAAUGAUUUUCUGAGUGAGUUUAUAGUUACUCUUUCUGUUUGUAGUAACUGUUUCUACUGUAGUACGGGGCUAGAAACGCAUCAAGCGAGUUCUUGACUAAUCCGAUGAGGGCAGCCCGCCUGCUGUACCAUUUCAGUGACAAUUUUUUGUCAAAGCUUUUUUAUUGAUAGUACUAUUCGAUGAUUUAUCUAGGAGUCAAUUAAUGAUGUAAUCAUCGCAGACAGUCUUGAGUCAAUAAAAUGUAUUUCAUUUUUGAUUAAUUUUUUGUCAAUAUUUUAACUCACAACAUUUGUAGAGCCCAACGAAUGAUGUAUUUUUUAGGGCAUUUGGUUUGAGCUGGCCCCUUGUUUUUUAAAUUCGCUGGUCAUUUUUUUCUAAAUAAAGAGAAGUUUUCCUAAAUAAAAAGAAGAAGUGUUCAAGUUGUUCACCCAGUAUGUAUGAAAUAAAUAAAUUACUUCAUGGACAGGGGGCUUGUACCGAAUUUUCACACUCGUUGUUUGUGUCAGAAAUCUCACUCGCUCGCUGCGCUCGCUCGUGCGAUAACUGAUACAUCACCAACUCGUGCGAAAAUCUCGUACGCGCCCCCGCCCAUGAAGUAAUCUCUAUUUUUGCGAGUGAUCGAACACGAUUCAUCAGUAAAUGAAAUGGAGUUCUGAGAGGGACUAUAAAAGUAACAGGACUGUUGGUCACUCAGUUUACAAUAACCCAUGGUUUGGUUGAGCUAAUUAGAAGUUAACCUCAACGAGAAGAGACUGAUAAAGCGCAAUGUACAUUUGAGUAUGUUUCAUUGCGCAUAUAAUUAUAGUAACGCAAAGGCUUCCCGAAAAAAAAAUCAAGAACCUUUUAACCUUAAAAUUUGGGCUGAAAGGUUUGACUUCCGUAGAUUGCCGGGGAAGAUGCGAUUUUUAACGUUGUGCAAUCUUCUUUAAAGGGCUUUCAGAAUUCCUUGCUUGUCUAAGUUACUAGAAUGGGAAAUUGCUCGCCGAUUUUUAUAGGUAAUAGCAUGAUUUGUUGUGAUAUUAAAUACCACGAGUGAUAUUUCAAAAUUAUUAUACGUUAUUUCACGAACCCUUAGGCGAGUGAAAUUUGGGACAAUUUUGAAAUUUCACGAGUUGUAUUUAUGCCAAAUAUCACGUACAAAUUAUGCUAUUAUUUGCUUUUACUACUACCCACAAAAGGUUUGUAAUUUUCACAUGUAGGUAUUUCAAAUAAAUCUGAAAUACCACUGCUCUAAGCCAAUCAAAUUGCAGAAAUUUCUCAUGUAGUAGUAUAAGUAGCGAAAUGGCGACUGUGAUUAUGAAGUAAGGCAAACAGCAAUACUUACACUUUAAGACCACUUUCUUCAGACUGUUAUGGUCAGAUAGGAUCUGUCCUAAGUCGAAGUCUUUCAGCCCAAAACUUACACUUGACACUUUAAUGAAUCUAUCCUCGUGAUAGGAAAAUAUUUGUUAUUUUGCAUAUAACGGUGCAAUUGUUAUUAUAAUUGGUUACUGGCCCGGAAAAGCUGAUGCCAAACAACGGGCAAUAUGGGACGUAAUGACUAAAAUCCAUAUUGGUUCGUGAUCUGCCCCCACAUUUUUUGCACGUAAUAUAUAUUGGAUUACUAACAUUGCCCGUUCUAGCUGAUCUGCACCAUACUGCAUGCGGCCUGGUUAGCUUAGUUGGGAGAGCGCCAGACGGCUGAGCAGGAAGUCGUGGGUUCAAACCCCUGCCAGACCAACAGUCAGGGUCUUUAAAUUACUGAGAACAGCUCGGGGCCUAUGACAUAGGUUCCUGCUGAGCAAGUGCUGCUUUUGUAAUGAAAUCUGCGAACGGGAAGUCCGUCUAAUCUUUUAGGAAAAGAACGGAAAACCGUAGGUCCCGUCCGACGGAACUUUUCACUUGGGGGGCGUAAAAGAACCCACCUCAUUGUUCGAAAAGUGUAGGGGACGCAAAUCCCGAUGGUGUGGCCAACCUUUUCGGGGCUGGGCGGGAGAGACCUUAAUAAACCGAUAUACAGUGUAUACGGAUAAAGUCAUGAUCCUCCUUCAGGUGUCGUAAUGACAGAUGAUGUAAAAUUUAGUAUAUCUAGCCAGAUGUUUUAAAAUAGUGAAGAAAAAGGAGGGGGAAAUAUAGAGAAAGCAAGGAGAAAGAAAGCAGGCGAACAGAACUAAUAAGGUUGCACCCUCGGGCGAAGUUUCUAUUGAAUAUAGUAAUGCGUUUUACUAUUAUAAACGUUUUUUCGCGUGUUUUCAAAAAAUAUUCAACCCCGGAAACCUUCAUUGUUCUAUUUUUCACCUGAAUAAUUAGACAAGUGCGGUUAUUUUUAGCGGAGAGGGUUUUGCCCUAUCCCGGUUGCAAAAUGAUUUAAAUUCUAAAAUUCGAUAACUUGUUCCCGCCACUAUACGACAUUCUCGCUAAAAAUCGUAGUAGGAUGACGACGGCUACCACGUUUUCUCUCCAAAAUGACGGUGGCUCACGCUCAAGCACUACUUAAUACUGAGAAAUCCUCGCACUCGUAGCCGUCUUCGACUCACAUGAAGCCUUCUCAGUACUCUGAACUCGACUGAACGGUCUACUUCAGUUUGGCAGGGACGUUUUCAAAAAAAAAAGAAAUGUGAGAAGUAGAACAAUAAAGGCAUGAAAAAAGAAACAAAGAACAAAAAAAUACAUGCAGAAAGCAAAAUACGUAUGGUGACGGGCUGGAAAAACUAAUUAUAUAUGGCCAUUAACAAUCAUGAUGAUUACGCUCGAUUUGACUUUUUUAUAAUGUUAUGUAACCUUCACUGAAGAUGAGCUGCGAAGCAGAGCAGUAAAAAGACCCGCCAGCUGACCGCUGACAAAAAAAAGAAGAAAAAUAGCUCUAUAUGACAGCAAGAGAGGGAGGAUAAAGUAAUUCGAAAUUCGAUUGAUGGCUGCAAAGAUGUAAUUAAUCUGCCUCUUGACUUGUCCCUCGACUUGUCCCUCUGUUAAAAGGAGACAUGAUAAUUAUCCUACUCGGCCGACGCCUUCGUCUACAGAGAACCCCCUGAUCUAGCCCUGUGAGUAGAGGUCUAGGAAGAUCGAAGGGCCUCUGCACGCAGGGUACCCCUGAACGUGUCAUUUCGAAUUUCAGUUAACUGAAUUAAAGCAAUGCUCGCGCCUCAUUUUUUUGUUAUAAAUUGUCAAUCAUCUUUUCUUAAAUUAUAAUAUCCAAUUGCGCAGCAUAUUGCAACUACAAAGAGUUACUAAGCGUACCAUUACAAAAUCGUAGCAGUGAUUGUAAAGAAAAGAUUAAGUAAUCGUGUUUUAUGGAGCACUAAACUAUUGAAGUUAGAAUGAAUUUAUUAAAGUACAUGUGUGAUAUCACGUUCUCUGUAACUACUCUGACUUAAGAAUAAUACGAACAUAAUUUUCAGCCAUUAAAGAAUUAUAAAGAGACAAAAGAUUUCUUACGGUUUGUCGACAUAACUACAAAUUUCUUACCAAGGAAUAAAAAUUAUAGCUUGACUAACAGUAUUGUUAGUGCUAUGGGUGUCGACUGUUGUCUUUUGACGUGUACAAUCUUGUUACGUAACAUUCAAUUACCCACGUGGCUACAGUUCUUUAGGAAAGGCAACUCGUAUAUCAAUUCACUUCAGCACGUAACUCGCAUCAUGUUGGGGUUUGUGGUGCAAUACAUAACUGUUGGUAAUGCAGUUAUCGCAUUACUCUCUGGACUUCUGCUGCAUUUCCUCUACGAGCUAUAUCAAUUUAGAGACAUGCCACCCGGGCCGAGGCUUACAAACCUUCCAGUUAUAGGAAACCUGCUGAGUUUUGAUCUGAAAGCUGACGAUUUUCCAAGCGCCAUCUCAAGGUAUUCAGAAUAUUUCAUCAGGCUUUCAUGGUCAUAGUUGCUAUCAAUCCGUUCACUGACAAGUUUGUUUAAGACAUUUACUCUAAGUGCAGGGAUUCCCAUUAGACCAUUUAGAUGUUACGUUUGUUCUGCUCGUUGUCCACCUACUGGUAAAAUUGAUUCUAAUUGCUGUUCCAAUAUAUUUGAUAAAUUUUUAGUAAAAUUUGAAGUGUACUUAAAUAGUUUGUCGAUGAGAUAUAUAUCCUAAUCACCUUUGCAGUAUCUGAAUUUUGCGAAGGAAUUGUAGUUGAUGGCGAGUGAACUUUGAAGUAGCUCUCUAUCAUUAAAUUUCAUGUAUCUUGAUCAACGUUUUAUUUUCAAUAAGCCAUAUCGCAGGGGCACCCAAGGAGAACAUAGUUCAAAACCGCUUAAAGCUAGCGUUGUUAAACGUAUUUUAGCUUUUAAACGGUAGAUAUAGGCAUAUUUUUAUCCCCUAAAAGUUUCAUCUGUUCGGAUUUCCUUGCUGAAAAUCUAGUGAUCCGAAAAUGAUAGGGAUCAAAACUUACCUUUUCGAGAAUUUCAGCCAGAAGAAAGGCUCCCGAAAAUUCUAGCAGACCCUUUUAGAGAAAAAAUCCGUUAAAAAUGGGCAAUUGUACCAUUUUUUAGAUGUUCGAAAAUCCUAGGAGAGAGGCAAGCAAGAAAUUUUACAACGUUCCGAAAAUUCAAGGUGUCAUGUCGUCUCCCGAACAGAUAUUUUCCAAAAAUUGACGUUGGGUGCCCUUGUUUGAAGUUGCUCUCUAUCAUUAAGUUUCAUGUAUCUUGAUCGACGUUGUAUUAACUAAAAGGAAAAAUCACCCCGAUAAGCUGUAUCGAACAUUUGACUAUAAAUUUAAAUUCAAGCAUUUCUAAGGAACCCACUCGAAUGAACUUUAGCAAUUUCCUUGUCAUAAACUUUGAACCUUAUUACACGAAUACAAACAUGAACAGAUGCAACUUGCUGUAAUGUUUGGCAAGAAAGUUUACAUCGGUAUGAUGUCGACUUAUAAAAAAUGCUUGCCUCGUUCCUCGUCAUGUGAGUGCGUGACUUACGUUGUUGGUAGAGAGAUAGCAAUUAUAUCAUGGCAUCAGAAAAAUGAUAUUGACAGUUUAAAAAACAUACAACUUAUUGACGUCAUAUUACUCGCCUGAGAGCACAGACGUAUUUCCGGUGGCUACUUUUUUUCCGCUUAAAAAAUACACGUAGGAGUUAAUACAAUAUAUGUAGUUGGUAUGGGUACUGUUUUCUAAGUCAUUUCCUUAAAGCUAUCUGUAUAUGUGUUUAGCUUGCUAACGCCAACUAGGUCUAAGAAGCGAUGUUCGGCAUGAUAAGAGUCUGACCCUUUGGCUCUGACAAUUGGAAAGCAUUUUUUGGCGUGUUUGAUUUGGGCAUUCGUGCAUGAUAAGUAUAGAAUGCAAAUAUUGAUUACGCAACGGAACAAAACAUAAAAGAUUAUGCAACUAAACGAAAAGGCAAUACUGACGAAUAUAACGGUUAUGUUGACGCCUUUGGCAAUAACCUCAAACGGUUAAUUAACAGUUAAUGAAUGAGGCUGAGUAUCUUACGAAGAAUUAUGGAGAUCGAGGAGGGUGUUAUCGGCUGGGGCGGAUAACACCCUCCGAGAUCUCCAUAAUUCUUCAUAUGAUACGAAAGCCGAAUUCAAUAACUGUUUUAUUAUUCAUUCAAAAUAAUUCCUAGUAUAAAAACAUAGCUAAAACAUGCUUACCUCCAUCGAUCCAUCGAUGUUCAGUUCAUCUUCGACAGUGUACGUUUAGGUUUGUCCAGCUCCGCAAAUAUUCUCCAAAUAGCAGAUGUCGCCCUUCGAGUUGCCUUCUUGCUGUUCUUGCCAUGUUUUUAGCUAUUUUUUGGCCUAGUUCUUACUCUUGAAACGAGUGAAAUGUCCGCCAUUUUUUCAAGUUCAUAUUAGUUCACAACCAAAACAACUCAACCUCGUCCCCAGGUCUUCUCGGUUAACGGUGCCUUAACCUGCGAAAACGCUGCAUUUUUGACGUCAUUUCCUCGUUAAAGUCAAAGUUCUUCCAAAUUUGGUCAUCCGUAACUGGUUAUGGUGAAUUAAACGUGUGCUUUUAGCCAAUCAGAAUAGGGGAAAUAUUUUGAAUGAAUAAUAACAUAAAUUAAUAGGGGCCCCAUCCACACUUAUCUGGAUAUUUUUAAAUCCGCAACUUUUUCUUUCUGGAUUAAGAAAUUUCCACGUCCACAUGUAUCCGUAUUCAAAUCGAAUUUGCCCAUCCACACGUGUCUGACACGUACACUCUAGUACCCAGGACUCCUCUGGGAAAAAUUGGCAACUGAGCAUGCGUCGAAGUUGCCAUCUUGAAUACACUAUUCACACAAGAGAUUCACAGUAAAGAACUGGGCUCGAUCUUGUUACGUCCCCAGAUUAAAAAAAAAUAGCCAGAUUCAGCGUCCACACGAUUCUUAGCGUAUUCAAAAAUUUCCACUCUAUUGAGCUGAUUCAAAAAAGUUGCCGAUUCGUAUGCCGGCCUUCACCAGAUACGUGUGGACGGGGGUCGUAUCCGGAAAGAAAAAGUUGUGGAUUCAAAAAUAUCCGGAUGUGGAAGGGGUCGAUCUAAAUGAAUCCUUACUACAUAUGUAGAUAUAACAUUUUUUUGUGCCUGGCGACUGACACCCCCAACUCUGAAAGGUCCAUCUUCGUUAACGCAGACACUAAGAGAAAGUCCUAUGCAAGCCUAUUUUCUUAACGCCUUCACAUGCGCCUCUUUUGACAUUCAGAGCGAAGAGAAUUCGCCUUAUGACGCCUUGUGCGGACCUUUUUUUUUCAGCGCCUAUUGCAAAACUGAUUCGUGCAAUUGGUUACGUUGGGUGGGGGAGCCGAGGGACGGUUUUAAUCUAACUUCUUUAAGAUGAAUUUAAAUUUUAACUGUUACAGCAUCCAAAAAAAAUAUGGCAGAGUUUUCUCUCUUAAACUUGGAAGUUUCAAGUUUGUUAUCGCUGGAACACCUGAGGCCGUGAAGGAAGUUCUGGUCACAAGGUCAGCUGACUACAGCGGAAGACCACAAACAUAUUAUUUUAGAAAAAUGACUCUUGGUAAGUGGACUUGACUUUAAUUUUCGCAUUGAAUUUCCGAAUGUCUCGAAAUGGAACUGCAUUUCGAUCUUUAACCCCUUUGAGUACUCCGUUGACUCAAGGUCGACCAAAGUCAUUUUUAAAAGAUAGGAAGUAUUUCUUGUGUCAAAAUCAUCCUACCAAGUUGGUACAAAAACGUUCUGUACAUGUUAUACUCAUGAACUGCGAAUUGUGUUAUCAACAAUUCUUAAAUCAGUGAUGCCACUUUACCACCUGACUGGGAAAUCUAAACAGCCAGGUAAAUUUAGGCUGAUUGUAAAAGAAAGGUCAGACAUAAAAAUCAGGUCUUUACAUUUGAAAAGUAAUUUUAAAAUUAAAAAUAAAUAGUCUUUUAGUUACCGUUAGAUUACAACAACAAAACAAAAAGCCUCAAUUGAUGAGUAAACAGAAUUAAAUUUUACCUGGGUUAGAAUUACGGGGAGGUAGCCUAAAUUGAACGUCCUCGUUGUUGCUUAUCUGACUUCAGUUUACCUAAGGGUGAUAGCGAGUGUGACAUUCCACACUGGCUUACAUGGAUGGCGGAGAAAGAUCGUUUGGAUCUCACGUAUACGGUGUGAUAACAUGACCAAACUUCAUUGUAUCGAAAAACUAUCAUAUUUGAUUACCCACUGAUCUCUGCGCGAACUAAAAUUAUUAUUAUUAGUAAGAUCUCCGCUAUUAGGCUCGGCUGAAACUAAUUAUGAGUUUGGUUUUCAAACUAAACCACCCUUUUGGCUGUUAAACCUGGUUCAUUUCGAAAGUGCGUACCCCUUAUUUCUGAAUGUGUGCGUGUGUGUGUUUCUCUCUUGCAGGUGGAAAAGAUAUUAUUUUUGGAGAUGAUAAUUUACCAUGGAAGUAUCACCGACGCAUUUUUGUCUCAGCUUUAAGACAAUACGUUUCCAACAUACCCCUUAUUGAAGAACGUCUCAGUAAAUCCACUCGGAAGUUACUGAAUUUAUUCGAGAAUGAAAAAGGAGAGGCCUUUGAUCCUGUUAGGUUUAUAACACCCUGCAUCGCAGACAUAAUUAGCGGAAUAAUAUUCGGUAAGCAAUUUGACACAGGCGACAAAAAUGUUGGUGAUUUGUUAGCUGAUGUGGAGUCGUUCGCGAGAAGCACCGAAGAUGUCAAAGCCAUGGUUUUUCUUGGUUUCUUUCCUUUCUCAAAGUAUUUUCCUUUUAAAUCGUGCGAGAAGGUGGUUGGUUACAUUCGACAUGGCUUGGAGGUUAUAAGAAAGGUUUUCAAGGAGAGCGAGAAGGUGUUUGAUUCAACGAAGACACCUGAAGAUCUCAAGGAAGCUUUGAUGCAUGCCCGGAAUGAAGCCUUAGCCAAAAAUUCGGGAGACAUGGCAGCCAUAAUGUCUGAAGACCACCUCAUUAAUACCAUAAAUGACAUGUUCGCAGCAGGCUAUGAAACCACCACAGACACUCUAAGCUGGGCAAUCGGGUUUCUGGUGCAGUACCCACACUAUCAGAGAGAUAUUCAAACACAGUUAGAUGAAGUGGUGGGCCGCAAUCGGAUGCCGUGCUUAGACGAUCGCUUAAGCCUGCCCCUCGUCCAAGCUACAAUCAUGGAGACAUUGCGACUAGGAAACAUUGUACCACAAGCAUUACCCCACUGUGUUCUCAAGGACACCUCCCUUUGCGGCUAUCGUGUUCCUAAAGGCACGAUCGUCUUUGUUGACACAGAGUCAGUGCAUCUGGACCCAAAAUGCUGGGAAAAUCCCAUGGUGUUUGACCCAUAUCGCCAUAUUGACGAUCAAGGCCAGUGGAUUACAGACAAAGGAAAUUUCUACCCGUUUGGUGCAGGAAGACGUACGUGCGCUGGGGAGCCGCUGGCGAAAAUGGAGCUGUUUAUGUUUUUGUCUUGGAUGUUGCAUAAGUUUACAUUCGUGCCCGAGGAAGGUCAAAAACCACCAUUGCUUAAGCCUCGCCGAGCAUUAGUCCAGUUUCCUUCUCCUUACAAGAUAAGAGCAAUAAAACGAGAGUGA